AUGCCGACCGCUGCCAAGGCGCUGGAUGUCGUCUUUGGCGCCUUGCAGGCAGUGUGGGUGGCCCACACCGUGUUCGUCCCUCCUCUUCUGAGGCUCCUGUGGACAGGGCUGCGUGAGCGCUGGUGUCCAGGCUUCUGUGUGGACCUGCCCUCAGGUCCUGGGGAGGGUCUGCUCUACCUCAGCCUCCCCCAGGCCUCCUCCCGACUUGGGAGGCCCCUGUCAGGCUGCCUGCCUGCUCUGGCGGGCUCCCAUGUGAAGCGCUUCUCAGCCUCCAAGCGGAAGCAGCAUUUCAUCAACCAGGCCGUGCGGAACUCAGACCUGGUGCCCAAGGCCAAGGGGCGGAAGAGCCUCCGGCGCCUGGAGAACACCCAGUACCUGCAGACUCUGCUGGAGUCCCACGGGGGCACAGCUGGCCCAGAGGACGGGGACCUGGCACCCCCUGCAUCACCAGGCAUCUUCGCAGAGGCGUGCAACAACUCGACCUAUGUAGAGUGUGGCGGCCACAGGGACCUAAGUGUGGACCCUGGCUCGGGAGAUGACCCGGCCUACACCCCCCGCGAGUGCUUCCGGCGCAUCAGCCGCCGCCUGCGCGCCAUCCUCAAGCGCAGCCGCAUCCCCAUGGAAACGCUGGAGACCUGGGAGGAGCGGCUCCUGAGCUUCUUCUCCGUGUCACCCCAGGCUGUGUACACGGCCAUGCUGGACAACAGCUUCGAGCGACUCCUCCUUCAUGCCAUCUGUCAGUACAUGGACCUCAUCUCUGCCAGUGCCGACCUGGAGGGCAAGCGGCAGAUGAAAGUCAGCAACCGCCACCUGGACUUCCUGCCGCCGGGGCUGCUCCUGUCUGCCUACCUGGAACAGCGCAGCUGA